CAGCCACGCCGUCCCAUCGUCGGCCCCGUCUCUGAAGUUGUCAAUCCACCAGCCCCCACCCCUCCUUCAUCACCUCCUCCUCAUCAUCUCCUAGUCAUCUUCACGGCUCCCGAAUCUGAAGCAUCAGCUACUUCUCCGCCAUCACCCAUACAGGAUCUCCUCCAAG